AUGCGUUCCUCGUUGUCUGUCAAGCUUUUGCUCCUCCUGAGCUCUCCUCACCUGGCAUUGGCCUCUGCCGGUGAUCAAGUUGUUAUUGCGCCCUCGACAAACGACGCGACCGCCCCCGUGCAGACUCAUAAGGUCGACGAUUCGAUCCUCGCGGCACUGAAGGCGCAUCCCGAUCCCGUCGAUGCUCUGCUGUCCCUGCAGCCCGAGAAGGCCGACAAGUUCGCCGAGCGUCGUCUCCUCCACGUCUUCGGCGAGAAGGAGCCGCAAUGGAUGACCGAGGGAGACAAGCUUCGCCUGCGUAGAAAGGGCAAGAAGUUCCGCGACAUCACGAACCACCAGGACCUUUACGCGGAAGACAUGGCCGGCGCGUUAUCCGGCAAAGCCAACCUUCCCAAGCUCAGUCACCAGAGCUUGAUCAGACCACUCUUCCCUAAGGUCAACCAGACCGAGAUGCACGACGUCCUCGCCCACAUGACGAGCUACUACAACCGCUACUUCGACGGCCCAACCGGCGAAGAGAGCUCCCAGUGGCUGCACGACCACAUCGCCGAGAUCAUCGCGCAGUCACCCUACCACACCCACAUCUCCCUCGAGUACUUCACCCACGAGUUCGUGCAGUCUUCCAUCAUCGCCCGCUUCGAGCCCAAGGUCCGCGACUUCUCCAAGCCCUUGACCAUCAUCGGCGCCCACCAGGACUCCGCCAACUACCUCUUCCCCCUGCUUCCCGCUCCCGGCGCCGACGACGACUGCUCCGGCACCGUCAGCAUCCUCGAGGCGUUCCGCGUGCUCGCGACGAGCGGUUACAUCCCGAAGGAGGGCCCGGUUGAGUUCCACUGGUACGCUGCCGAGGAGGGCGGCCUGCUGGGCAGCCAGGACAUCGCGGCGUACAAGAAGAAGGAGGGCGCGAACAUUGGAGCCAUGAUGGAGUUCGACAUGACCGCCUUCAUCGCCAAAAAUGCCACCGAGUCAAUCGGCUUCAUCAAGACGGAUGCCGACGCGCCUCUCACCAAGUGGGCAGCGGACUUGAGCACCGAGUACAUCAACAUCACCACCAGCGUGUACGAGCUCAUGCCCGGUGCUGGGUCCGACUACAUGUCGUACACCAAGCUCGGUUUCCCUGCCUCCUUUGCUUCCGAGGGAAACCCUGUUGCUGGCGGCUUCCCCGGCGAGUUCGACCCCUACGUGCACACCGACAGAGAUACCAUGGACGUGGAUGACGACUACGGCGUGUUCUCUAUUGAUCACAUGGCAAGGUUCUCUGAGCUGGCCAUUGCGUUUGCUAUUGAGCAGUCCGGGUGGGAUAACAAGUGGAGGUAA